AUGUGGCGUCGGCUUUUAGCCAUCGCCUCAGUUCUUGUGGUAGCCUUCUGCCUGAUUCAUCCUCCCGACACCAGUCCAUCUCAAUCAAUAAUCGAUUUAAUAAAUGCAAUCAAAAAAGGAAGCCAGAAAAGCAGUAAUGGAGUGUCAAAAGAAAGCCGCUUGCCGACAAAGGAAGAUGUCCAGAAGAUUUUCAAGGAAAUCUCUCGGAAUUCGGUAGUACCCGAUCGCAAAAUUCCUGAGCACAUCCGAAAGAAACGGCAGUCCUAUCUAGGACUACUAUUUUGGAAUAAUCUCGGUCGAGGCCGAUUACGACUGUUCGCGAUAGAGAACUCAGGAUGGCAAAAUAUACUGUAUCCAUUUGGUUCGUGGGCAAUGGAUGAACAACUAUUGGGUCAAGCUGGACGAGAAACACAGACGAAUCUCGGUUUUGACUGCCCGUUCUUCGGCUUCAGGUUCAACUACACAUUUGUUUAUCCGAUGGGUAUGGUAUCCUUUGCAAUGCCGUCGUUUGCCACUCCGCCAUGGACAUUCCCAAAUCCGUCGUGGCCGAAGCAGCGAGAUCACUCGUUCAUCGCCCCGUUUUACGCCGACGCAAUGUAUCAAUGGAUCGGAAACACGAAAGUCAGCAACACUUUCUUCCGAAGUGUGCAUCGUCCUAGGCUUGACGAUGAUGAAGUCUACAACAGUAAUAACCCAAAUUACUUUGGCACUGGUCAAAACACAGUUAACCAACAACAGCAGUACUACGGUCAACAGCAGCAACAGCAGUACGGUCAGACGUUGAACACCAACCCACUCCUUGGUCAGCAAUUCGGGCAGAGCUCCAUCUAUAGCCAGCAAAAUGUCUAUCAACCACAACAAUACCGAAAAAAACGACAGAUGCCUGGAAGAAUCAGUCAGCCCGGAAUG